GCCACCACGAAUGGUUGGAGGUUGAAAGUUUUCAAUCUACAGAAUUAAAAUUUUGUGGCGGGUUGUUGGCUGCCAUCUUGGACCUCGCUCGUUUGAGAAGCCGGCCGCCCGCAAAAAUCUUCGAGUUUCACGCGUUCGCGCGGCCUCACGUUUCCCGUAAGCGGAUUGCGUGAUUUCACGACGAAUUCCUAGAUCUGUUGCGGUCAAUUCAAUCAAGAUUCGGGUCCGGAAUGUAUUAGGUGUACUUUUUUCCUCGCGCAUUCGUAACUGGGUGAGUGGAGGACAUAAAGUAACUAGCUCUUAUAACUUUUUGAUAGACAACGGUGAAAGCAUAGCAAUCAACAAAACGAAUAGUAAUAGUGAUUUAUCGGAGAGAAUGGCAUUACCUAGUAGAGCGCGAGUUUAUACCGACGUGAAUUCACAUAAAUCUAGAGAUUACUGGGACUAUGAAUCCUAUGUUGUUGAUUGGGGGCAACAAGAUGAUUACCAGUUAGUGAGAAAAUUGGGCAGAGGAAAGUACAGUGAAGUGUUUGAAGCCAUUAAUGUCACAAGUAAUGAAAAAUGUGUUGUAAAAAUUUUAAAGCCUGUAAAAAAGAAGAAGAUAAAAAGGGAGAUUAAAAUCUUAGAAAACCUUAAAGGUGGGACCAACAUAAUUACACUUCAAGCAGUUGUCAAAGAUCCGGUAUCGAGGACACCAGCACUGAUCUUUGAGCACGUCAACAACACAGAUUUCAAGCAAUUAUACCAGACGCUAACAGACUACGACAUAAGAUACUACCUCUACGAGUUAUUAAAAGCAUUGGAUUAUUGUCAUAGUAUGGGAAUAAUGCAUAGGGACGUCAAACCGCACAACGUUAUGAUAGAUCACGAAAAUCGAAAGUUGCGGUUAAUCGAUUGGGGUCUAGCAGAGUUUUAUCAUCCUGGUCAAGAAUACAAUGUACGAGUAGCUUCGCGUUAUUUUAAAGGUCCAGAACUCCUCGUAGAUUAUCAGAUGUACGAUUAUUCAUUAGAUAUGUGGUCUCUUGGGUGCAUGCUUGCAAGUAUGAUAUUCAGGAAAGAACCGUUCUUUCACGGACACGAUAAUUAUGACCAACUAGUUAGAAUUGCAAAAGUUCUUGGAACCGAAGAACUGUUCGAGUACCUUGACAAGUAUCACAUCGAAUUGGAUCCACGUUUCAAUGACAUUCUAGGCCGACAUUCGCGCAAACGCUGGGAGCGUUUUAUGCAUUCGGAGAACCAACAUUUGGUGUCAGCCGAAAGCCUUGAUUUCCUUGACAAACUUUUGCGCUAUGACCAUUUCGAGAGACUCACUGCACGCGAAGCCAUGGAGCAUCCUUAUUUUUAUCCAAUAGUAAAAGAGCAAGGUCGGUUAAACAUGGUAUCAUCGUCACCUACUCCCAUGACAGGUUCGUUACCUGUAGGUAUCGACACCUCGCGCGAGGGGCUUAAUCCCAUCCCUAGGCGUGACUACGAGCAGCGUACCGGUUCACGGAACAAACGGACUGAGAAAACUGAUGAUGGACGUCGGAAAUGGGACACGGAUUGCCACGAACGCCAUCACGUCGCGUCGUUCGCAUUCUUCGUGUACGAUUCAGGAUUUUCGACCCAUUAUUUGCGAACGGCUGACCCUUCGAUUCCGCCUCGGCUCGAAAACCCAAGAGGAAACGUACACAGCGCGAUGGUGGACCACAGUUUACGCGAAUGGCAAUUAUAUUUCGACGUGAUGCAUAAACUUCUACAUUUUAGACAUUCCUUAUUCUUCGGCCUGGGAAUCACUUAAGAAUAAACGAAAAAAAAAAAAAAAGAAAUACAUAAAAAAUAUGAAACAGAUUUUGCAUCUGAUAUAAUCGAAAUGUAAUCUACAAUACGGUUUAAAGACUUAGUGGCAAAAAGAUGAAGAAGGAGGAGGAAGAAGAUGAUGAUUAAGAAGAAGAGGAAGUCGGAAGUAAUCGAUGUGUUCCGGAGUGGGCGUUGUCGAGCGUACGACGAACGUUUUAGGAAAAGAAAAAUGAAACAGAAACUUACGAUGAUACAGGAUGUACACGAGAAACUUAUGGAAUCAAAGUACGUGCUCCGUCCAUAUUGGCCGGUGUGCAUGUGCCAUUAAAAGAUACCUUGUACCGUUGCUUUUCUUUUUCUCCGUUUUGUAAUCGAUGAUUUGUAUACGGUAAUACUAUCCUUUUACUGACGCUGCUGCUAAAUGUCACGAACGCCGGAAGACCCGUAAAUCCACACAGAUGCGAUUAUUAGAUCAUUGUUUUGUCAUUCGAAAGAUGGAUCGUUGUCACGCGAAACUUCAUAAGUGAAAAGGACGACACAAAGCGAGAAACUAACACGUACAUUUGCAUCCGUGCACACAACUCGCACGAUCGUGCUUCAACACAACACGCAUACAUAUACACAUACAUACAUACACACUCACACUUAACAUGUACCUUAGGCCGCUCGGUUUAGUACUUCUAACGAUGAUACAAAUGUUCGUUUAUAUCUGAUACAAUAAUAGUUGAAUAAAAUGUUUGUUAUAGCCAAGUACGCUUUGUGCUCUGUGAAUACCUAUGUAUCCAGUAAAUAGAUGCCGUCGACACGUUCGACGAGGCAUCCGUUAAUCGACGAAAACUUAACGAUAUCGUUACGAAGCCGCGACUAAAAUUUUCUAGCUAGUUUAUCAUGCUUCGUUUCUUUUCUUUUUCUCUGUUCGCCACGUUUAAGAAUCGUGCUUUUCAUUGCUUCGAUCGAUAUCGAGAAUUCACAGACACCUUAAGAAGAAUUUUAAAAGAAAAAUACUUAAAAAAAGAAAAAAAAAACACUUGGCGUCAGCAAAAGCCUACCGACACCAGAGAUGGGCAAACUACUCGUCCGAAUACGAAUUUCGAAACUGCUUUUCGUUCUGGUUUAUUGUACGUUAAACGUUCGAAUUAGAGAUCGUAGGAUGAAUUAUAUUUUACGUUAAACGAAUUCCAAAACUGUAACAAUGAUCGAGCAAAAUGUUGCCCACCUCUGACCGACACGAACGAUAUCUACACACCGAUAAAGAAAGAAAUGGGAAAAA